AUGACCCCGGGCCGAAAAUCCAAUGUCAAGCCCUUCUCCGGAGUAUUCUGGAUGUUCCCCCUAUAUAUCUGCUCUUUUCCAAUCAACCUCUACGUGGAAAAACUCCCGCAGCCGUUAUCACGCCAAUCAGAAGACAGUCGCGUCAGAUAUGAUCGGUGGCCACCAAGCACUUUGAUGUCGUUUUUGACGACAAGACUGCUAGCCACCGACCCUAGUCGAACCCCACCUCUCCACGUCCAAAUACAAAGUAUCAUGGACCCGAGCGCUCAAUCUAGAGACGAAGUUCGCUCAGACGGAAAAACAGCUAGACCAACCAUCGAUAUCACGGCACAGGAGGAAGAUAGGAUAUCGCAGAACACAUCGAAGAAAAACCAUGACAACGCGGACCAACUCGAAUCAACUACGAGAGGCAAUUCGACUCCAGCAGCAGCAAACGUCGUUCCCGCUCAACAUAUCAGUCGAUCGGCCUCAGUUGAUGGCCAGAGUUUUCCAAAAACAGAUGAAGUGAUCUUCAAGAUCGAGGUCAGAAAGCAAAAUAGGACGGUAUUGCAAGACUUGCCCGAGCUAGUUGUGGCUAUAGAGCUCGGUUUCCACAAACAUGUACCGGAGAGAUGCAUACACCGAUACAAGCUGUGGUUUGAGGCUGAAGACCUGUCGGGGUCUACGUUAUCCUCGAUGAACCCGAUUUUUUUGUUCGACGACAACCAUGAGGAAAAUAUGGCGACUCUGGACCUGUUCUGGAAAGAGCUUAGAGUUUGUGGUAACCAAGACGCUGCUAGGGUCACUGCGAAUGUCUUAAUCUCUGGAAAUUUAUGUAACGAGAGCACAGAAUAG